GCCAUGUCCGUUCUAGCAGGCGAUUGGCUGCGACGCUGCUCUCGCCCGCCUUUCCUCGGCCAUUCCGAACUAUCCGGCCGAAGAGGGAACCCACAACAAAUUCGGGUGAGGCCAGGCAGCUGGGGCGAGAAGGAAGGAAGGAAGAGGGGCAGCUGGGAACCAGGUCGCCAGCAAAUAAAAGCAGAGGUUUUUGUAAAGCAUGAGGCUGAGUGAGGCACCGACUCAGCCCUUCCAGGCUGCUGCCAGAACCCGAAAGUUCUCAAGCAGCCAAGUUUACCUGUUCAGAAGCAGGCCGUCGGAUUCAGAUGACUCCACGUCAGAGGAUGAACUCGACGUCAUGGAAUUGCGAGUGAGAGGGAAGGAGCAACGGAGGCGCAACGCUGCCGCCGAGAAAGUUGGGGAUGUGGUUCUGCUGGAACGCCAAGUUAGCAAAGACGACAAUCUGAACAAAUUGGCACUGCAAUAUGGAUGCAAAGUUGCAGAUAUCAAGCGGGUCAACAACUUCAUCCAGGAGCAAGACUUGUAUGCACUAAAAUCCAUCAGGAUUCCAGUCAAGGUCAACGGCAUGUUAACAGAGACCCAGGAAGCUUUGCUGCCUGCCCAGAGAGCUGGUCUGUUGUUGCCUGCUGAACUGUCUGGGUCCAAAGAGGGAGACGUCAGCUCCGAAGACACUGAGCAAAUCGAUCAGUAUUUCAGAGGGAUCGACCAGGAUAUUGAGAAAGCAACUCUGCUGGACAUCUCCCCAAGCACAGACUAUUGCACCGAAACACCAAACUGGUCACCUUCAGGGAGGAAGGAAAUCAGUGCUGGAGCAGACUGUGGGAUCCAGUGGUGGAAUGCAGUUUUCAUUAUGCUCCUCGUAGGAAUAAUUUUUCCAGUGUUUUAUAUUGUCUAUUUUAAAACCCAGCAGCUCGAAGUGACUACUACCUCCAACACAACUCUUCCUGUGAACAACACUGACGGGUCAGUGAGGGGGACACCCGUCCUCCGUGUGCUUAAAGAACCUCUGCCCACUAUCCAAACCCACAGAGGAGACUUCCUUCCAUCAGGGGGAUGACCCUGUCUGUUACCUCACCCCUCAAAAAGUGGAGGAAAGUCUCUUUGCUUUUGAAAUAAUGUUCUGGGAUGAGCCAACAACAGAUCAGUUGCUUCUUAAGUUGAUAGGAGCUCAACUUAGAAAUGAGAUCAAGGAAGACCAGGACAGAGCAAGACAUGGACAGUGGCUGGUCAGUCACAAAGGGAAUGGUGGGAUGGCAAGUGAGGGUGCAGAACCCGAACCCUCUUGUAGGUUGUGGGCCCCCCAGUAUCAGUCUUCAGCCAGAUAUCAGAAGCAGGCUCAGCUGGGGAAAUGGCACUUAGGGAGAAGGUUCUGCACUCCUCCCCUGUGCACCCUUUUUGCUUUAAAAAAAUUGGCCACAUUUGCACCUUACAUUCUACAGUCGGGGCUUCCCCCAAGGCAUCCUGUGAGCUGUAGUUUGUUAUGGGUGCUGAGAGUUGUUAGACCACCACGAUUCCCUUCAUAGAGCUACAGUUCCCUUCAUAGAGCUACAAUUCUGAGAGUUCACUGGGAAGAGCCAUUGAUUGUGAAGCCAGCCUGAGAAUGGUAGCUCUGUGAGGGGAAUUGGGGGAGGAGUCUCCUAACAACUCUCAUCAUCCUUAACAAAACUACAGCUCCCAGGAUGCUUUGGAGGCUUGUUAAAGCGGUAUGACAGCACUUUAAGGUGGAGAUGUGAUCAUAUCCCCCCCUUUCUUGUGUUAUUGGGGGCAAAUCUCAUUUUAUGCUCGCUGCCUCUUUCAAGACUGAGGUUUGGUCUUUCUGAGGAAACAGGCAUAGCCUAUUACCUGGGCUAUAUAGAUAUAGAUAUAUAUUUAAAUUAACUGCCAGUUUAUUAAAAUUGUCUUGUCUU